AUCUCUCGGGAUCGAGUCACUCAUAUUCGAUCUACCGCAAUCGUCGCUGUCCGCAGCCAUUAUACAUACGUGUCUUUCUGGUCAACGAGGAGGUUUUUUCUCGUCCCUAACACGACUCGUCCCGCCUCGUUGCACCGGCCGCUGCUUCUAAAGUUUCCUUCUCGACUCCCCUCGUCCCCUCGUUCCGCGUCGCGGGAUCAUGCUGUUCUUUUCGUACUUCAAGGAGCUGAUCGGCAAGGAGGUGACGGUGGAGCUGAAGAACGACCUGGCCAUCAGCGGCACGCUGCACUCCGUGGACCAGUACCUCAACAUCAAGCUGCACAACUCGCGCGUGGUCAAUGAUGCGAAAUACCCGCAUAUGCUCUCAGUAAAGAACUGUUUCAUCCGAGGGUCGGUGGUGCGCUAUGUGCUGCUGCCACCAGACGGUGUAGAUGUGGACAUUCUACACGACGCCACGCGCCGGGAGGCACGUGGCGCCACAUGAUUGGUCCGUGCGCUGUAGCACAGGCAGCAUGUGCAGUCCAGAUGUAGGCGGUGCCGCGGUGGGCAUAGAAGGUGUGGGAAUCGGGUGAUGUGGUAGUUUUGGGGAUGGGGAAUAUGGGGUCUGGCCUGGGGAUAGUGGAUGACAAAAGUAGAGGUUUCGGGUUGAUAGGGCUGAGAAUGGGGAUUGCCUUUUGUGGGGGGUGGGUGAGGGGUCUUUUUCUAGUACAGUGCGCCCUCUUCUUUUUUACAAUGGAGGGCGUGCUUUGCUUUGAGUAGAGCCUGAAGGGUUUUCCUCAGUUGGCAUCGGUUACUCUGCGAACUCAGUGAAGGUCAUGCAUGGGCUUACCGGUAUGCGGUACUUGCGCUUUUCAGCUUAUGUAUGCCUGAGAACGAUUACCCAUACCGGACACCUUGCAUUGUGUAUCCCUCCCUAAUCCUAAACCCUAAUGCCUGCUGGACCUUCUGCUGCUGGUGUAUCUGAUGCUGGUGGUGGUGCUGGCGCUGCUGGUGAUAGCAUUGACGUGAAGCGAACCGACACCGGGUUCCUGGCGAUAGCAACAGAAGCGGAGAAUUACGGAGAGAAAGCCUCGGAAACUCCAGAAAAGAUCAAGGAAUUAUUGAAGGAGUUCCAAGACAUUCUUCCGGACGACCUUCCGAAUGAGCUACCGCCAUACCGGACGCAUCAACAUGAGAUCGUAGAGGAACCGGGUUCGAAGUCGACCUUCCGAGCACCAUAUCGACUAAGUCCUACGGAGCUGACCGACAUGAAAAAACAGAUCAAGUAUCUCCUAGCCAAAGGACUCAUCCGACCAUCCACUUUACCGUACGGUGCCCCAGUACUCUUCACACUGAAAACGGACGGAAGCCUGCGCAUGUGCAUCGACUACCGAGCUCUUAACAAGCAGACCAUCAAGAAUAAAUAUCCAAUACCGGGAAUCGAUGACCUGCUUGACCAGCUUCGGGGAGCUACGGUAUUUUCCAAACUGGAUCUGCGGUCCGGAUACUGGCAGAUACGGAUGGCGGACAACUCUAUCCACAAAACUGCUUUCCGAACUCGGUAUGGAUCGUACGAGUAUUUGGCAAUGCCGUUCGGACUUACCAACGCACCGGCAACGUUCCAAGCCGAAAUGAACCACAUUCUACGACCACUUUUGGACGAGUGCGCGGUGGUGUACCUGGACGACAUACUCAUCUACUCGCGUGACAUGAAGCAGCACGUCGAAGACCUGCGACGCGUCUUCAAAAUUCUUCGACGAGAACGAUUCUACGUCAAACUGUCCCAGAGCGAAUUCGCCCUUGAGAAGGUCCAGUUCCUAUGACACAUGGUGAGCGCUCAAGG